UCACUGAGAGGUGAAAUGGCGCAGAAAGGAGUUCAGCUGGACCAGGAAACCUUCUCUUGUUCCAUCUGUCUGGAUCUCCUGAAGGAUCCGGUGACUACUCCCUGUGGACACAGCUACUACAUGAACUGUAUUAAAAGCCACUGGGAUGGAGAGGAUCGUAAGUACAUCUACAGCUGUCCUCAGUGCAGGAAGACGUUCACACCGAGGCCUGUCCUGCUGAAAAACACCAUGUUAGCAGUUUUAGUAGAGGAGCUGAAGAAGACUGGACUCCAAGCUGCUCCUGCUGAUCACUGCUAUGCUGGAGCUGAAGAUGUGGCCUGUGAUGUCUGCACUGGAAGAAAACUCAAAGCACACAAGUCCUGUCUGCAAUGUCUGGCUUCUUACUGUGAAAAACAUCUUCAGCCUCAUUUUGAAUCAGAGACAUUCAAGAAACACAAGCUGGUGGAGCCGUCCAAGAAGCUCCAGGAGAACGUCUGCUCUCGUCAUGAUGAGGUGAUGAAGAUGUUCUGCCGCACUGAUCAGCAGCUUAUCUGUUAUCUUUGCUCUGCAGAUGAACAUAAAGGCCACGACACAGUCUCCGCUGCAGCAGAAAAGACUGAGAGGCAGAAAAAACUCGAAGGGAGUCGACAAAACAUCCAACGGCGUAUCCAGGACAGAGAGAAAGAUGUGAAGCUGCUUCAACAGCAGGCAGAGGCCAUCAAUCUCUCUGCUGAUAAAGCAGUGGAGGACAGCGAGAAGAUCUUCACUGAGCUGAUCCGUCUCCUGGAGAAAAGAAGCUCUGAUGUGAAGCAGCAGGUCAGAUCCCAGCAGAAAAGAGAAGUGAGUCGAGUCAAAGAGCUUCAGGAGAAGCUGGAGCAGGAGAUCACUGAGCUGAAGAGGAAAGACGCUGAGCUGAAGAAGCUCUCACACACAGAGGAUCACAACCAGUUUCUACACAACUACCCCUCACUGCCACCACUCAGCCAAUCAACAUCCAGCACCCAUAUCCGUCCUCUGAGCUGCUUUGAGGACGUGACAGCGGUCGUGUCAGAAGUCAGAGAUAAACUACAGGGCGUUCUGAGAGAGAAGUGGACAAACGUCUCACUGACAGGGACUGAAGUGGACGUUUUACUGUCACAACCAGAGCCCAAGACCAGAGCUGGAUUCUUAAAAUAUUCACGUGAAAUCACACUGGAUCCAAACACAGCAAACACACAGCUAUUAUUAUCUGAGGGGAACAGGAUAGCAACAGUAAUGAGACAACAACAGUCUUAUUCUAGUCACCCAGACAGAUUUACUGGAUAUUUUCAGGUCCUGAGUAGAGAGAGUCUGACUGCACGUUAUUACUGGGAGGUGGAGAGGAGAGGAGGAGUUUAUGUAGCAGUCGCAUACAAGAAUAUCAGCAGAGCAGUGGGGUUGAUUGAAUGUGGAUUUGGAUACAAUGACAAAUCUUGGGCGUUAGAUUGUUGCAACAACAGUUAUACAUUUUGGUCCAACAAUGUCCGAACUCGCGUCUCAGGUCCUGAGUCCUCCAGAGUAGGAGUGUACCUGGAUCACAGUGCAGGUAUUCUGUCCUUCUACAGCGUCUCUGAAACCAUGACUCUCCUCCACAGAGUCCAGACCACAUUCACUCAGCCACUCUAUGCUGGACUAAGGCUUGGUUGGUAUGGAGACUCUGCUGAGUUGUGUAACCUGAAAUAGACAGAAGUCAUUUAAGGGUUAAAUUCUGUGUUUUAACUCUUCGACUUAUUUAGUGUCUAUGUUUGUUGCUGAGAGCUGAUUGUUGUGACAUUCUAUGUUUUUAGACAUUUUCAUGUGUUUACACAUUUUUGUUGCUUUUUCUUAUUUGUUUUUGCUUUUAUCAACAUUUUUUGUCACUUUUUUUGACAUUUAUUUGCUUUUCUAAACGUUUUUGUAAAUUUGUUUGACGUUUUAUUUGCUUGUGUUGACGUUUUAGAAGUGAUGAGAUGUUUUUUGUUUGUUGAGAAAAUCAUUCAGGGAGCCCCAGAAGCUCUCAAUGUGCUCAGUUGAGAUCUGUUAUUUUACCUUUGAUUGUUGAAACAAGGACGAUAUGUUAAAAGACAUCUUUCCCGAGAUGAUGUGUAGAUAUUAGUUGUUGUUUGUUAUUCAUGUAUUUCUCCACGUUAUGUAUCUGCGGGACAGGAAGAUGUCUGUUAAAUAGCGGUGUCUUGUAAUCCCAUGUGGGACGGGCCAAAUGUUUGGCGUGACACAGAAAU